AAAGAAUGGAUAUUUUACCUUAUAAUUUUCGAACGUGUCUUUUUUGUGGAGUAUGGCACGAGGGGGAGAAAUUUCUAUUUUUGAAAAAAUUUUACAAAUUCACCGUAAUGUUCAUUGUUUUUCAAUUCACAAUUUGUCAAAUACUUGGAAUACCUAAUGCCAGCAAUAGUGUGGACGAAUUUUCCGAUGCUCUUUUCGUAACUUUUACUUACGUGGCUUUGUGCAUGAAAAUUUUGAAUUUCGUGGUGCGACGACAAGAAAUGACAGAGCUGCUCGACGACUUCCGAUCUACAUAUUGCCAGGCUCAAAAUGAAGAUGAACUGAGUAUCGUCCGUGAUUAUAGGAGGGUAUCUGGGAAACUUUUCAUGGCUAUUAUGGGUCUAUCACAAUUUACAAAUUUUUCACUCGUCAUGGCCCCUAUCAUGCAGUUUAGUACCAAUUGCAGUAUUUUGCCUUAUCAAAUGUACGAACCAUACGAUAUUUCGAGCAGCCGAUUCAAUUAUUGGAUGGCUUACGCCUCACAGUUCGUAGCAACGAUUUAUGGAGUGUUUUUGAACGUAUCGAUGGAUACAAUGGUCUAUGGAUUUAUGAUGUCAGCAGCUGGACAAUUCAAAAUUAAUUGCAUGAGAUCAAGCAACCUUAGCAAUCAAGAUUCAAUCAAAGAAUGCAUGGCUCAUCACAAGUUACUUCUUGGAAUAAGACAUAAAAUCGAAUCUUUUUUUAUCCGUGUUAUUGCUCCACUUUUUACAUUUAGUUUAAUUAUUUUGUGUACCAGUAUUUUUCGAAUGUCUCAGCAAAAAAUUGCAAGUCCUGAAUUUAUUUCUCUAGCCAUGUAUUUUGUGUGUAUGUUAUUCAUGGUAUACUUUUAUUGCUGGUACGGCAAUGAGUUGGAACUGCAGAGCAAAGCAGUGUCAGACUCCAUUUAUAUGGGUAAUUGGAUAGAAUACUCGAAUGAAAGCCGACGCACGCUUCGUUUUGCAAUGAUGAAAGCUCAAUCAGGUUCAAACAUUUCAUAUCACGGGCAGUGCCAACUAUCUAUGGAUACUUUCAUAUGGAUUGUUAAAACAUCGUAUGGAGCUUUUAAUCUGUUGCAACAAGAAAAUAAAACCUUUACGGUUUUAAAAAACUCUUACAAAAUAAUUGUAAUGUUAAUUAUCUUUCAAUUUACUAUUUUCCAAAUAUUGGGUGCAACAGAUUCCCGUGAAAGUAUUGAAGAAUUCUCCGAUGCUUUGUCUGUCAGCUUUACUUACGUUGGUUUGUGCAUGAAAAUUUUUAAUUUUACUACUCGUCGUCGUGAAAUGGUAGAAUUACUUGAAGACUUUCGAUCACCGCAUUGUUUACCAAAAAACGAUAAAGAAGCAGCUGUAAUUUCUGGCUACAUCAAAAGUGCUAGCAAACUUUGGACGUUGAUAAUGUGGCUUUCAAUGAUAUGUACUGCGUUCCUCUUUAUUGCACCUGUCAUAGAUGAGGGUUUUGAUACUACUAAAUUACCACUGGCAUUAAAAUUGCCCAAAAAUAUAUUAAACAAUCGACGAAAUUAUUGGAUUUUUUAUACUUUGGAGGUGGUGUCAUCAAUUUAUGGAGUUGCCUUAAACGUGUCGAUGGAUACUAUGGUUUUUGGAUUUUUGACAGCAGCAAAAGGACAAUUUAAGAUACACUGCAUGAGAUUGAGUAACCUUAGCAAUGGAAGUUCAAUCAAAGAAUGUGUAGCCCAUCACAAAGUAAUUCUUGGAAUAAGAAAUAAAAUUGAAUCUUUUUUUGUUCCCGUAAUUGCGCCAUGUUUUACAUUUAGCUUGAUUGUUUUAUGCACCAGCAUUUUCAUAAUGUCUAAGCUACCGAUUAUGAGUAUUGGAUUUGUAUUUAUUUCUACAUAUUUUUUAUUAAUGCUGUCUCAAGUAUACAUUUAUUGUUGGUUUGGCAACGAAUUAAAAUUACAGAGUAGUGAAGUUGCAAAUGCUAUUUAUAUGGGAAACUGGAUGGAUUUUAACAAAAAACAUCGUCAAUCAAUGUGUUUUUUAAUGCUCAAAGCUCAAACCAGUUCUAAUAUUUCAUUUCAUGGCCAAUGUCAAUUAUCAAUGUCUACUUUUUUAUGGGUGGUUAAAACUUCUUAUGGAGCUUUCAACUUAUUACGUGAAGUUUCUUAAAGCUUUUAUAAAACUCUAUAAUAGUAAUUUUAAUAUACUUUGAAAA